GUGCUGCUGUCGGCCCACAUCGAUGACAUCGGCCAGGAGGUCACGGCCGACUCGGAAGCUGAAGUCGUGCAGCUUCUCGGGGACAGUGCCCGAGACCUCAAGGCGGAGAUGGAGCAGGACUUGGACAUGGUGCUGGCCGGCAGCAAGGGCACGUUCCUGGGCAGCACCGUGGCGUUAACGGAGCGGGCGCAGGAGGCCUUGCGCAGCCUCGGGCUGCCCGAGCGCGCGGGACCGAGGCGCGCCCGGCGAAGCGGAGCGGCCGCCAUGCGGCACUUGGGGGUGGACUUCCGCGCAGGAAGGCGCGCCCGACCGCGAGGCGCCCGCGCUGGCAAAUCGGCCGGGGUCGUGCACCGCGCGGGCCCUGUCCGCAAGACACGAGUGCGGCUGGGCAAGGCGCGCCUGCGCAAGGCGCUGCGGGCCGUGGCCCAGGUGGCGGGGUGCAGGAGGAUCUGGCACACCGCCAUCCUCCCCUCGGCCCGCUGGGGCGGCGAGGUCACGGGCUUCGCGGACUCCGAGGUCCAGGAGCUCAGGUCUCGGGCCAAGCGGCACUACGGCCACCCCCACAUUUCCAGCGACAUUUUCGGCGCGCUGCAGCCGAAGCUGGACCCGUUGGCAGGCACGGUCUCCAUGGGGGUGGUGCGCUACGCGGAGGAGUGGUGGCGGACCACCGAUCAGCGCCAGGCCAACGGCCGAGUGCUAUCGGCCAAGGACCUGCGGAGCGCCUUCGACGUGGCCUCGCAGGACCUGGACAAGGACUUGCCCGAAGCGGGGCCUAUUGGGGCGAUGCUUCGGUCGCUGAAGUGGGCGGGCUGGGAGGCUAAGCAUGCCACUUCUUUCAUCUCGCCCACGCUAAGUGAGCUCUGCGUGCUCAGCAUCGGGCCCAAGGAGAUUGGCAUGUACUUCGAGCUGGACGUGCUGGCGACCACCACUGCUCGAGCCGACGUGGCCGCCAGGUCGCGGCACGCCCUGGCGGAUGACCACCCUGGCAUCUGGUGGGAAGGCCUGCGCGCGGUCGUCGAGAACAAGUACGUGACGGCCCUCACGCGGCACGUGGUGACCUCCUUGGCAGGCGGGACCUACAUGACGAGGCAGGUGGCCCACCAGUGGGGCUACCUGAUUGCGCCGGCGUGCCCGCGCUGCGGGGUGACAGAUACGCCCGCCCAUCGUGCCCUGGGCUGCGUCUGCUUCGAG